AUGUCACCCACAAGAACCACAAAUUCUUCAAUUUUCGAAGCGUUCUCGCUAACCCCACUUCCAUAUCCGGUUCUUUUGAUCUUGUCGCUCAUCUUCUUCUUUCUUGGAUUUCAAUGGUACUCUUCUUACGAAGAAGCCAUUGAAGCUACUGAAGAGAGCUUCAAUUGGAUUCUUUUAAUCACUCCAUUAAUUCUGCUUUUUGCUGUCAAAUGGUUGUCAAAUGUUGAGCACCCAGAAAAGUUUUUUGGGUUUGGGUUGUCACCGUGGGAGCGUCGCCGCUGGCUAGCGUACCAGUCGCCGGAGGAGGGAGGUUCGCCGUGGGGAGUGGCUGCUUUGAUAUUGUUGGUGCUUGUCUUGAUGCAGUUUCAUUCUACUGUUCUUGAAAGUUGGUUUUGA